AUCAUGUCUGCCGACCAAAUUUCCGACGAGGUCGCUCUGGACUUCCAGGAAUCUUUGCAAGAUCUUCAGAACAACAACAGAUAUGAAAUUAGCAACCUGACCAUCAUCGCCAAGGAGAACACCGAACAUGCCCAAGCUAUAGCCAUGGUUUUGGAAAAGCACAUCAAAACGACUGCCCCUGGACGAAAGUUGCCUGCACUCUACGUACUCGACUCAAUCGUGAAGAACGUUGGCACCCCGUACACAGUUUACCUUGGCAGGAAUCUGUUUUCUACAUUCAUGGACUCGUACACUCUUGUAGAUAGUCAGACAAGAAAAAGCAUGGAAGCCAUGUUGAAGACCUGGAAGGAACCGGUACCUGGCUCUAUGGAUCCGAGACCAGUUUUUCCUGCAGAAGUUACUCGCACUAUUGAGAAUGCGCUCAUCAAGGCAAGAACUGCUGCGGUGCAAUUGCAAACCAGAAAUCGCACUCCUCUCGGUAUGCCAGGAAGGCCCAUGUCGACGACUUACAGAAACACUCCUACCCCACCACACAACGCCAGUCAGUUCCAACCACCUCCACAAGAUCCGUACCAAAACGGAUACCGCAGCCAACAGGUAUCUAUCAACACUUUGUUAUCAUCAUCCAACACAACUAACACGCUUAAGCCCACACCACAACAAUUCGCCUCGAAUCAGCUGCCUCCUGACAUUGCACGAUCACUGUCAGCCGUGCUCAACCCCCAAGAUGAUCUCAACAAGCUAAAAGCAGACAUUCAUGGUUUGAUCGCAGGCUUCCAGAGCGAGUUUGCGCGUAACCCAUACGAUUCGCAGGUGCAGACUAAGCUCAAGGCUCUGCUCGACCUCCAAGCUGUCGUGCAGACCCAGCAGCUGAACUCCGAUGCCAUUGGCAUGAUCAAAAAGCAGGUGGCACAGUUGCAAGCAGUGCAAUCACAGCCCAAUCCUCCCCCUUCUGCCGCACCCCAACAAUCGCAAUGGCAAGCUCCCACUCCUGUUGCUCUCCCUUUCCAACCCCCGCCUCCUAUUCCUCAGAGCUUUGCACCUACUCCUUCGGCACAGCCACCCGCCGCUCCUCCCGCAUUUGCACCAGGUAUCCUUGAGCAAUUAUUGGCGUCGACUGCGAACGGGCAGAAACCAAGCACGCCUGUGGUUCAGGCUGCUUUGAAGUCGAUGCCCCCACCACCUCCCGCCACUCAAUCCCCUCGUACAGCCGCCGCAACCCCAGCUGGACCCAUGGGAAACUCUCUUCUCGAUGCUCUCCGUGCUGCAAACAUCCUACCUGCAUCAGCCAACGCUACUCCUGUGCCUGCCUCUGGCCCUCCCGUCCCUCCACCUGCAGCCCCUGCCCCUGCGCUAUCUAUCCUCCAACAACUCCAAGGCCUUGCACCAAAGUUGAGCGGUACACCCAUGCCGCCUCCAGGCACUCCCGCCAAAGUCCGAAUCCCCAUGAACGCUGCAGCACUCAAGAGCUUCCGUCCAGAAAUUGUGCACACACUAUACGAUGCACAACCCAACCAAUGCACGACCUGCGGUCGUCGCUUNCUGUCAACUGAUGAAGGUCGUGCUCAGAAGGCUCGCCAUCUCGACUGGCACUUCCGCAGCAAUCAGCGUAUUGCCGAUGCAGCUCUUGCUGCUGGUCUCACUCGCAGCUGGUAUAUCGAUGAGAUGGAAUGGAUCCGUCUACGCGAAGUCGAUGCCUCCUCAGCUGCUGUCGACUCAAGUUCCGUCACCGCUACUGCUAGCAAGCCUGUCAGCGUGCGUGAGAAGUACAUCCCCGCACCCACUGGAGCUGCAGCAAAUGUUGCUUGUCCAAUCUGUCAGGAGAAAUUUGAGACCGAGUGGCACGAAGAUGCGCAGGAAUGGGUGUGGAUGGAUGCUGUCAAGGUUGGAGGCCGUGUGUUCCAUGCUUCAUGUCAUGAUGAAGUCAAGAGAGCCAGCGGAGGUGACAGAGGUAGAAGUACUACUCCAGAUGGCGCUGGUGUGCUUGGAAAGCGGAAGGCCGAGGUCGAUCUGGCCAGUCUCAAAUCCAAGCUGAAAAGAGAAGUUGCUGCAUAA